AUGGCUGGCCUGCAACGAUCUGUACAAACUUUCAGGAGAUCAGGCUCAUCUGGAAUGGUGUGGCACGAGCGGUUCCUCUCCGAGGAGAAGGAGGAGGGGGGAGGAAGAGGAGGGUCAGAGUUCAGGGAACUCGGGCACUCGCAAAGUGUUGGAUCGAGCGGGACGACCGAGCACAGACGCAUCCAUGGCAGGCAAGCCUUCCGCGCAGGCGCCGUCCCACCAGCCGUAGACCCGCCGUCGCCAGACGUCUCUGGAUGCCUUCUCUGUGGAAUCUUCGGCAAGCCCAGGUCCAGCGAUCCAUCCAAGCCAAGAAGGCGUCAGCUGCGUCGGACGGCGCAAACAUGA